UAUGGCGGCUUGGGAGAGCGGAGGAGGACAACUUCUCACAGAUUCCUCCCGGAAAACUGAAGGAAAGCGACGGCUUUAACUCCAUCCACCUGAAACCUGGGACCGGAACACACGACGACCCCCCUCCCCCCCCAACACCCCCCACCCCCACCUGGAAGAUAACCCGGGGCUCGUGUGAUGCGCGAGGACCCGCAGUCAAAAGAAAACUCCCCUGAUUUUUUCUUCUUUUUUCUCUGCGUCUUGUUUCUGCCCCCUGACUGUCAGUUAGCCGGCUUAGCUCGCCACCUUCCCGGGCUCCGUCACCACUACUCCCCCCUCCCACACCCCACUAAAAAGCUCGGUGCUUUUUAUCUGCUCCGGGGGAGACCGGGAUGGCACGUGGCCUCCGUCCGGUAAGCUCACCUGCUUCGGGGGAACAUUCGGUUACCGGGUUUUUGAUAAAGUUUUGUCAGCACUCGCUAGCCUAGCCUAGCUUAGCUUAGCUUACGCCAGAAACCGUUGACCGGGAGUUCAACCGAGAGCUCGCCCGGUGAAGAAGAAGAAGAAGACCUGCCGUUCCCGCCUUCGUCCCUCCCGGACUAAUUUCAGACCAUUACCGGUUUAUUUUCGGGUACUAAUUUGACCCGUUUUAACGUUAAAUAACUCAGGUGCUGAUGUUUAUUUCGUGCUAGGUGUCGUUAGCGACCUUACAGGUGUUCUGCGGAGGGAGCGGCGACGCCAGGUAGCUAGCUAAAGUGUGUUUCUCCCCCUCCGCCCUCCUGUAAUCAUACAGAAAAUUCAUUUUAAAUGACGAAUAUAUUACAGACGACACACUAGUGUGUGUGUGUUCAACGCUGCUCGAAAGCUGCGCAUUGGAGAGUUUCUCUUGACUCGUAACUCAUUCACAGCUCCUGGUGUGUGGCCUGCUCCAGGCUCGUUUGAUGGACGUGGGGGGCUGUUCUCCAGGCUGUCAGUGCUGCACUCAGUCGUGUAUGUCUUGACACAUGGCACCCCCUGGUCUGGACGUAGUGCCCGCUGUCUGUGACGCGAGGAUCGUUAUGUAGCUCUGGUGCACAGGAGUGGAGGGAUGUCUGCUGUGUUUCUGUACCUGUUGGGUUGCUCUUUAUUUUCAUUUGUUUCAAACACAGGAGACUCUUUUUGAAUCGAGGUGGGGAGAGCGGUGCAGCCCGGGCUGUGCGCAGUGGACCAUGUUUAUUAGUUAGUCGGCUGGGAACUCACAGGACUUGACAGUUCCGCCUGCACACACACGAGGAGGCGGACAGAUAUUCUACUUUUUUUAUUUUGUAUUCAUCAAUAACGGACGACUGCCACUCUGGAUCAAGAAAACCUGCCCCCCGUGUCUGGUUGGAGUAACACUCUUAAGCCAAAGUCAAUGCCGUCGGCGCUGGCCGUGUUCGCCUGCCGACCCAACUCGCACCCGUUCCAGGAGCGCCAUGUGUACCUGGAUGAGCCCGUCAAGAUCGGCAGGUCGGUGGCUCGGUGCCGGCCGGCCCAGAACAACGCCACCUUCGACUGCAAGGUGCUGUCCAGGAACCACGCCCUGGUUUGGUUCGACCACAAGACCGGCAAGUUCUACCUGCAGGACACCAAAAGCAGCAACGGCACGUUCAUCAACAGCCAGCGGUUGAGUCGCGGCUCGGAGGAGAGCCCGCCCUGCGAGGUCCUCUCCGGCGACAUCAUCCAGUUCGGCGUCGACGUCACCGAGAACACGCGCAAAGUCACCCAUGGCUGCAUCGUGUCCACUAUCAAUCUCUUCCUACCCGACGGGAUGGAGGCGCGCCGGCGGAGCGAUGUCAUCCAGGCUCCGUUACCACUACCUGUAGACAAGGCAGCCAACACUCCCAGCAUGUAUUCUCAGGAACUGUUCCAGCUCUCCCAGUAUCUACAGGAGGCCUUGCACAGAGAGCAGAUGUUGGAGCAGAAGCUAGCCACUCUGCAGCGUCUGCUAGCCAACACUCAGGAGGCCUCGGAGAGCAGCUGGCAGGCUCUGAUUGAUGAAGACCGUCUGCUCUCCAGACUGGAGGUGAUGGGCAGUCAGCUGCAGGCGUACUCGAAGUCCCAGACGGAGGAGGGGAUCCGGAAGGAGCUGCUCGCUCUGCAGGAGGACAAACACAACUACGAGACCACGGCCAAGGAGUCUCUGAGGAGAGUCCUGCAGGAGAAGAUCGAGGUGGUCAGGAAGCUGUCGGAGGUGGAGCGGUCGCUCAGCAACACGGAGGACGAGUGCACCCACCUGAAGGAGAUGUCGGAGCGCGGCCAGGAGGAGCUCCGGGAGCUCGCCGACAAGUACAACGCCGCCGUCAACGAGAUCAAAGAGCUCACGGAGAAGAUCAAGUCGGCGGAGGGCCGGCAGGAGGAGCUGACCCAGCGGGGGGCGACGGAGAAGAGGGAGUUGGAGCUGCGGAUCGAGGAGAUGGAGGAGAAGGAGCAGGUUCUCCAGGCUCGCAUCGAAGCUCUGCAGGCCGACAACGACUUCACCAACGAGAGGCUCGCCGCCCUGCAGGUGCGGUUAGAACAGCUGCAAGAAAAAAGCAUCAAGGAAAACAACAGCCUGGUAGAGGAGCCCGUCGAGGACACACAGAGCCCGCAGACGCCCGAGAGCCCGGAGGAAGACGAGGAUGAUGAUGAUGAUGAUGAUGAUGAGGAGGAUACAGACACAGAUGACGGUGCAUUUGGUGGAGAUGAAGAUGUUGACGACAACUGUCACGUUAACAACAGCGGAGGAGACUCUACUAGAACCCAACAGUUGAUUGAGUGUCCGCCCGUCAAACAGCUGAAGGAGUCUGUGAGUUCAUCAAUCCACCAAUUGGCCAAUUUUGCUGAAGUGAUGGACGCCCACCUACAGAACAACCAGACCGCAGAAGAAGAAGACGACGACAUCUUGGCCAGCCCCGAUCGACUCAAAGGCAAUCCGAUGGACGCCAAAGAGUCCGACAUGUCAGACACUCUAAGUCCGAGCAAAGACCGCAGCAGCGACGACACGUCAGACGGCAACAUGGACGACCAGGAGCUGAAUGAACCUCAGAACAGAGUCGCUUUGCUCAAAGAUUUGCAUCAGGCCGGUCUGGAGCCUGGAGACACGGAGCAGGUCAUCCAUCACCUCCACCGAGAGCUUCUGGACGCCCAGGAACUCGCCAACACCGGCAAGCAGAGAUGUCUGGAGCUGCAAGCUCUGCUGGAGGAGGAGAGGAAGAACAACUCUCAGCAGACUGAGGAGUCGACCAAACAGAUCCAGUACCUGCAGACUCAGCUCGGGAAGCUGCAGGCCGACAUGGAGGCCCUGAGGGAGCAGAGGGAGAGCACCAUCUGCACCACCAGAGAGGAGCUCUACUGCGCCCAGGAGGAGAUCCUGGUCCUGCGGCGCUCCAUGGAGGAGGCCACGGCGGAGCGCGAGCGCGACAUCGCCGCCCUGCAGGCCGAGCUGGGCGGCGUGCGCUCCGAGCUGCAGCGCUUGCGGGCGGCGGCCGCCGCGUACGAGGGCGACGUCGCCCGGCUGCAGGGCGCCUUGGAGCAGCAGCGGCGGCAGCGGAGCGACGCCGACCAGCUGCAGGUGGAGGUCGCCGCGCUGCAGCAGCGCUGUGUGUGUCUGCAGCAGGUCUGUGACGAGCUGAGAGGAGAACGGACGACGCUGACGGAGAAACUGCACCACCUGGAGAGAGAGCUGAGCAGCACCAGGAAGCAGAGUCUGGUCCUCAGCAGCAGUCUGCAGUCCCUGGAGAAGAGGGAGGAGCUUCUGCAGGACAAGCUGGGUUGUUUGGAGAACCGACACCUGCAGGAUGAGAGCAAGCUGAACGUCCAACUGGACCAGGCCCAGGCCAACACACACGUCCUGCAGAGAGAGUAUGAGGACACACAGUCGCAGCUGUUGGACCUCCGUCAGCGCUACGAGAGAACGGAGCAGGAGAAGCUGAACAUCCACCAGGAGCUGGAGCAGUGCAGGAGCAGCCUGAAGCUGCUGCAGGACAAGGCCAGCUCCAGCGCCUGGAGCUCCUGGAUGCCGGUCAUCGCAGUGAUGGUCGUCGUCUCGGCGGCCGUCCUCUACCCGAACCUCUCCAAGAGCAGCUCCACCUAGGACACACACACACACACACCGUGCUGUGAGGAGGGCAUCACUGCUUUACUUGUAUAAAGUCUAAUUGUACAUAAUUGUAGAGGGAAUAUAAAGGUUGUGGUUGCUACAGAAGAUUCAGAAGCUUCUUUGGUUUAUUUUUGUUUUUGUGUUUUUUUGUUUUCUUCGGCGGGGAGUUUAGUUUAUUUUAUUCUCUGCUCUUUCUUGGCGGCGGUGGAGGCCUUUUCUUUCUUUAUUAUUAUUAUUUGUUGGUUUCCGGUCUCUGCUGAUGUUUUGGGGUCAGCGCGGCGGCCUCCGGCAGGCGGAGCUUCCACACAAAACACCUGCAGGAGGUUCACGCCCACGUCCCACCGCCAGCGAACGCAACACUUUCCCAGCAGCCUCGGCCCCGUCACACACACACACACACACACACACACGUGAUGGCCUCCAUAUUCGGCUUUGAUUUGACUCCACACGUUUGUAAUGAAUCCUUCUAUUUACAUUUUAUUCCCCCUCCAAAAAAAAUGUCCACGUGUAAAAACGUCUUCACAGAAAAUAGAAACGGAGACUGAGGUCACUAGAGGUCACCAGAGGUCGUCUGCUGGGAGAGUUCACCUUCAGGUGGUUUUCAGGAAGUCUUAACGCGGCGGUUUGGUUGUUGGUUUUUUUUCUUUUUUCUUUUCUCGGGGUUUAAACACUUGAAGCCAAAUUCUAAAAAAAUGAAAAUCAGAUUUAUUUUAUGUUUUGUUAUAUAUAUAUAAAUAUAUAUAUUUUCAGGGGCACAGAAAAGGGGCUCGGGGUGCCUCUGAUGUAACACCACGGUGUGUUUAUGUGCAACAAGCACUCACACACACACACACACGUCGAGAUCCUCAACGUCUCACGAGAUCUUUUUUUCCUGAACUUUCGAUUUUCCUUCGACGCUCAGCUGAUGGAGGCGGGGCUUAAGAGCACAGGAAAGGGCUCGUGAGGACCUUGAUUUGAGAUGUCAUCAAAUUAUCGUUGAGACUUCACGACCGCUAGAAUUAAAUGUAAGGGAACAGCAUCUGCUUACCUGUGUGUGUGUGUGUGUGUGUGUGUGUUGGUUCACGCCGGCUCGUCGUCGUUCGUGUCUCGUCUCCGUGUUUUAAAACGAUACCUAAAGUAAAUGAAUAAAAAAAACGAACAAAUAUUCCUGAUGUUUAGAAGAAGAAGAAAAGAAGAACACUACGAAGAGGGAGAACUGUAAAAUAAAAUGUUGUUGAGCUACUAGACUUAUUUUGUUAAUGUGUUUAGAGGACAGAGAGGAGCUGCGUGGAGGUGAAGAAGACGAUGAUGAAGAUGUAUUGAUAUGCAGAGGUGUUGGAUUAAAGUUGUAGCAGCUGACCCACCAAA